CCGCCAUGUUGGCUGGCGUGUGGGUGUCAAACGCUGCACGGGCUCGGGUCGCUCCUGUCGGUCCAGCGUUGCCGGCGUCCGCAGCCGUGGCCUCGCGCGCGCCGGGAGGAAUGGAGGUCAUGGCUUCCAGCUUCUGGGAUCUGAGGCUCUGGAGGAGGAAAUGACUGUUCAGGGCUCUUGCUUCAUCUGGUUUAUGCAGACUGAACCUUGCUACGGUGCAGACUUAGGAGGACAGAAACAUUUCUCUCAGAAGAGCUUCACCUUUGUAACAAAAUAAAAAUGACAACUUCAUCUAUUAGGCGGCAGAUGAAGAACAUUGUGAACAAUUACUCAGAGGCUGAAAUCAAAGUCCGGGAAGCCACCUCCAAUGACCCAUGGGGCCCGUCCAGCUCUCUGAUGACCGAGAUUGCUGACCUGACCUACAAUGUGGUGGCCUUCUCGGAGAUCAUGAGCAUGGUGUGGAAGCGGCUUAAUGACCACGGCAAGAACUGGCGGCACGUGUACAAGGCGCUGACGCUGCUUGACUACCUUAUCAAGACAGGCUCCGAGCGGGUGGCCCAGCAGUGCCGUGAGAAUAUCUUCGCCAUCCAGACCCUGAAGGACUUCCAGUACAUUGACCGCGAUGGCAAAGACCAGGGCAUCAAUGUGCGCGAGAAGUCCAGGCAGCUGGUGGCCCUCCUCAAGGACGAAGAGCGGCUGAAGGCUGAAAGGGCCCAGGCUCUCAAAACCAAAGAGCGCAUGGCCCAGGUGGCUACUGGCAUGGGCAGCAACCAGAUCACUUUUGGUCGUGGCUCCAGCCAGCCCAACCUCUCCACCAGCUACUCAGAGCAGGAGUAUGGCAAGGCCGGGGGCUCCCCGGCCUCCUAUCAUGGCUCACCUGAGGCCUCGCUGUGCCCCCAGCACCGCACAGGGGCCAUGCUGGGUCAAAGCGAGGAGCUGCAGCCACUGAGCCAGCGCCACCCCUGCCUGCCGCACCUGGGGCUGGCCUCCCGCCCAAAUGGUGACUGGGCCCCGCCUUGCCUCACUUGUGACCGCGCAGCCCGAGCCACCUCCCCACGGGUGUCCUCUGAGCUGGAGCAGGCCCGGCCACAGACCAGUGGAGAAGAGGAGCUGCAGCUGCAGCUGGCGCUUGCCAUGAGCAGAGAAGUGGCCGAGCAGGAAGAACGCCUCAGGCGGGGUGAUGACCUGAGAUUGCAGAUGGCGCUGGAGGAAAGCCGGAGAGACACUGUCAAGGUUCCAAAGAAGAAAGAGCUAGGUUCCCAUCCCCAGCAGACUACCCUGUUGGAUCUAAUGGAUGCCCUCCCCAGCUCCGGUCCUCCUGCUCAGAAAACUGAGCCCUGGGGACCAGGGACCUCUGCUAACCAGACCAACCCCUGGAGUGGACCGGCGGCUCCUCCUGCAAGCACUUCGGAUCCCUGGCCAUCAUUUGGUGCCAAGCCCGCCACCUCUGCAGACCCGUGGGGCGUGCCCACCACAGCCAGCUCACAGUAUGCCCCCAAGAGCUCAGAUCCCUGGGCAGCUUCGCAGCAGUCUGCCCCCGGUGCUGAGAAAACCGUGGAUGCUUGGGGAGCUGCCAAGUCCAGCUCUGCUUCAGGGUCCUUUGAGCUGUUUGGCAAUCUCAAUGGUACAACUAAAGAUGACUUUUCUGAAUUUGACAACCUUCGAACUUCGAAAAAGACAGCCGAGCCAGGGGCCUCUCUGCCAUCCCAGGAUAGCGGGACCACAAGCCCUGAUGCCUUUGAGUCUCAGCCCCUGACUUCUGCCUCAAGCAAGUCCAGCAGUGCCCGGAAAACACCAGAGUCCUUCCUGGGUCCUAAUGCAGCCCUGGUGAACCUUGACUCAUUGGUGACCAGGCCUACCCCACCGGCCCAGUCCCUCAACCCUUUCUUGGCACCAGGUGCCGCAGCCCCGGCCCCCGUCAACCCCUUCCAGGUGAACCAGCCCCAGCCAUUGACGUUGAACCAACUGCGUGGAAGCCCAAUCCUAGGGAGCAGUGCAUCCUUUGGGUCUGGUCCAGGGGUAGAGCCCAUGGCUGCCCCCAUGACCUCUGUGGCCCCAAACCCAGCUCUGGGGGCCGGUGGUUCCUCAUUGACACCACUGGGCCCUACGGCAACGAACAUGGUAGGCAGUGUGGGCAUUCCUUCGUCAGCAGCUCAGGCCACCGGCACAACCAACCCUUUCCUUCUCUAGUGCUCAGCCCAGGACUUGCUGCAGUGAACGCCCAGAGCUCGGUGCCCGAAGACGCCGAGCGCGCGGGACUCUGAUGUGUGGAGUUGUGGCUGGGUGUGGCGUGUGGGUAUUGGGGCUUCAGGUGCGGCUUCCUGCUGGAAGGUGGUGGUUGCAGUCCAGACCCUCAGGCCUGAGGGGCCUAUGGUGUGGCCUUGCCAUACUAGGCAGGCCUGCUUGCCUGGCUUCAGCCUGUCCCCCACACCACCUGGGAGUCCCAAGUGCUCAGCUCUGUCUACACUCUGCUGAGGUCUUGAAUGAGGAGGCAUUGUCAGUGUUGUUCUGAUCCCAAGGGUCCCUAGGACACUGUGCAAGCCCAGGACUUGAUACAUUUGCAUUGUGUUUGCCCCACCCCUGCCGUAGGGACCACCCAGGCAGCCCAGGUGUGGACAGGAGAAGCCCCAGCCCUGCUCGACACUGACCGUUGGAAGAGGUUGUGUAUCUGUUCUUUUCCAUUGACUCCUGUGAGUUGGCAGGAACCACCACUACUGUGGACUAUUAUUAAACCCACUAGAACGAGCUUUAAACUGACUGAGCGUAACCCUGCCCCAUAGCUCUAUGCUUGGACACGUUUGCACAUAUUUUGUUGAGUACAGUUUCAUAUUUGAGUUUGCAGAAUUAUCUAAUAGUCUUUUUUUGGCUAAUAUUUUUAUAACGUGGUUCUUAUUUAACUGUCUAGUUUUGAUAGAAUUUACCAGGUCUGGCUGAAUUAAGAUCUUGGCACGUAUCAUUUUAGUGGUCUAAUUUCUCUUAUUUAUGGUUUUAACUCUGUAAGAAAAUUUUAAAAGAAGAAAUGUUUGGAUGACAAAAAUAUGCCUUAUGGAAAACUAAGCAAAUUCUUUAUAGGACAAAAUUACGGGAAUUUGAUUAUACACAAAAGAUGUUUAUUUAAAAAACAAAACAACAGCAACAAAAUUUCACAGCCUCCAGUUGCCUUUUCCUUUUCUGGUUCCUUUUUUGGUGAAUCACUACGCUAAUUGACUCUUUGACCCUUUUGGUUCGAUCCUGGAUCCUGGGAGAGGCUUUUUUUUCCCCCUACCAGUAUAUCAGUAUCUUGAAAGUUUAAAAACAAAACAACUAAUGUUUGAAUGCGACUCACUAGUUUUUUAUCAACUAAUUCCUUUUGUGACUGGGAAUGUAAGACUUGCCAGGGACUUCUGUUUACAGCGAAUGGGAAAUGUGCCUGGUCACCCUAUCUCCAUUGUGCUCAGGUUAACUCCUAUCAGAUCAUGUGGAAAUGGGGGGGGGGGGGGUGAGCUCCUGCGCCCAUGGGUCACCAGGACCAGUUCCCAGGGUGAGACGGAACCAGGGCCAGCCUUGUUCUGCUUACCUGCCAGCCUCAGAGUCAGCUGCAGACUUCUUACUUUGGGACAGAUUGUUAACAAACGUGCACUGAUACUGUCUCCUCUCCCAACUUCCUGCUGUCCUCCUCACUCCACUUGUCAUUAAGAAAAGUAUUAAACUCCAGAUUACAGACCAGGAAAUACUUGCUUCUCCCCAGCAGAGACUAGACCCUGGAUGCUAGGUUCUGACGGAUUGAAUGGCUGGCCUUUGUAAUCUCAGUCUUGCAAUGUGGACUUCUUAGCACCUGUCAGCCCCUCUGGGUCCAGAGAGAACUCUGAUUCUCAGCAAGGUGUCCUAGGCCCCAUAAGCCAUGGGCCACGUUUCCCACCAGCCACCUCUCCCAGGACCAGGGGGCUGGUUGCUGGGCUUCUGCCUGGGAGAGGCAGAGGUGCCAUUGGAACAAGGAGGCAGGGUGCCUACCCCAGAUGGUGCUUCCCUCAGACCUUGUGGGCCUACGUCAGCCCACAGGUUAGCACACCAGAUUUGCCUGUGGGAGAAGAGCCCUUCUGAGGGGGCCCCUCCUGGUCAGGCCAUCCAGCUGUGUUGUCCGUUACCCCUGCCCUGAUCAUGAAACCGCUGGCUGCUGCCAUGCCUAUUGCACACAUGCUACCAAGCCCCCUCAUGAUGAGCACCAUGGUGGAGGAAGUCACCCAGCUGUUCCUUAGUCCCAGGGGCCAGUGGGUGGUUUUGAACUUGUGUUGACUGUUGAUACUUAUUUACUGUAUAAAUAUAAUUUAUCAUUUGUAUCCUGA